AUGACCCCAAGAACACCACCCAAUCUACGUCUCACCAACCCCCAAUCUACGUCUCACCAACCCCAAUCUACGUCUCACCAACCCCCAAUCUACGUCUCACCAACACCCAAUCUACGUCUCACCAACCCCCAAUCUACGUCUCACCAACACCCAAUCUACGUCUCACCAACACCCAAUCUACGUCUCACCAACCCCCAAUCUACGUCUCACCAACACCCAAUCUACGUCUCACCAACACCCAAUCUACGUCUCACCAACCCCCAAUCUACGUCUCACCAACACCCAAUCUACUUCUCACCAACACCCAAUCUACGUCUCACCAACACCCAAUCUACGUCUCACCAACACCCAAUCUACGUCUCACCAACACCCAAUCUACGUCUCACCAACCCCCAAACUACGUCUCACCAACACCCAAUCUACGUCUCACCAACACCCAAUCUACAUCUCACCAACACCCAAUCUAUGUUUCACCAACACCCAAUCUAUGUUUCACCAACCCCCAAUCUACAUCUCACCAACACCCAAUCUACAUCUCACCAACACCCAAUCCUUGUCUCACCAACACCCAAUCUACGUCUCACCAACCCCCAAUCUACGUCUCACCAACACCCAAUCUACGUCUCACCAACACCCAAUCUACGUCUCACCAACACCCAAUCUACGUCUCACCGACAUCCAAUCUACAUCUCACCGACACCCAAUCUACGUCUCACCGACACCCAAUCUACGUCUCACCGACACCCAAUCUACGUCUCACCGACACCCAAUCUACAUCUCACAAACACCCAAUCUACAUCUCACCAACACCCAAUCUACAUCUCACCAACACCCAAUCUACAUCUCGCCGACCCCCCAAUCUACGUUUUUACCGACACCCAAUCUACGUCUCACCGACACCCAAUCGACGUCUCACCGACACCCAAUCUACGUCUCACCGACACCCAAUCUACGUCCCACCGACACCCAAUCUACGUCUCACCGACACCCAAUCUACGUCUCACCGACACCCAAUCUACGUCUCACCGACACCCAAUCUACGUCUCACCGACACCCAAUCUACAUCUCACAAACACCCAAUCUACAUCUCACCAACACCCAAUCUACAUCCCACCAACACCCAAUCUACAUCUCACCAACCCCCAAUCUACAUCUCACCAACCCCCAAUCUACGUCUCACCAACACCCAAUCUACAUCUCGCCGACCCCCAAUCUACGUCUCACCGACCCCCAAUCUACGUCUCGCCGACCCCCAAUCUACGUCUCACCAACACCCGAUCUACAUUUCACCAGCACCCAAUCUACAUCUAA